AUGCAUCCACCUUUGACUCUACAUAGGCACCCUUUAUGUGCUGAUAUAAUUGAAGAGUUUCAGAAGUGUCAUACAGACCACCCACUAGGGAAAUUCCUUGGACAAUGCACAGAUCUGAAAAUAAAGCUUGACCAGUGCUUCAGGCAGGAAAAAGCUAUAAAGAGGAAAGCAAAUUUUGAACAGAGCAAGAAGUUUAAGGAGAGGCACCAGGCUUACAAGAAGGAAACUGCUGACAUGCAAUCUUGA